ACGGUGCAUGCAUCAUAUCCGGAUUCAAACCCCCUUCCCGCCGCUGCACCCUUCCAUGCCCUUCAUUUCACGUUCCCUAAUCUCAUCAUCAUCAAAUUAAAGAUCGAGUAGAUCAAUCAAUAAAACAUAAUCUGAUAAUCAUUCAGUCGGAUAAUUAGCACAAAGAUGAAGGGCAUUUUCAAGAGUCUUAGGUACAUUUCUCAGAUAUUUGAUGAAGAGAAAGAAGAAGAGAUUCAGAUUGGUGGACCUACAGAUGUAAAGCAUGUUGCUCAUAUUGGAUGGGAUGGUGGUGAAUCUACUGCUGAUAAUAACCCAAGCUGGAUGAAAGAUUUCAAAGGGUCAGCAGGGGUUCAGUCUGAUGACUCCAAAGACAAUUCAGAGAUUGAUUCAAACCGAAGAGGCACUGACAAAGAUCCCGACUUACCAAAGUCAUCAAGGCGCCAGUCUGAGAAUCCUGAUUCCCCCAAGUCCAAGAACAAACCAUCCAGGCGAAACCGUUCCAAGGACGCCGAUUCUGCUGCCGCCGCCGGCGACCUCCCGGACAUCCCCAAGAAGUCGCGGCGGAAGAAGUCCAAGGACAGCGUCGGCGGCGAUGGCUCCGCCCGAUCCACGAGAUCAUCCAAACGCAACGCUGCCGCACAGGACUCUGAUCGCGAAGCCUCAGUCAAAUCAGCGUACAGUGACUUCGAAUUCGGCGACGGCUCCGCCAGAUGAACCAAAGCCGCCUCGGAGUCCUCCGCCCCGGCGGACGCCACAAGCACUUGGUAAUAUAAUUAGAGUAACACUUGUGUGAAA